AUGGACUGGGAAGAAGCAACCAAGCUGAGGUUGUUUCAGAUGAAUGAAAUGGAUGAAUUUCGGUACCAUGCCUAUAAAAGUGCGGCCUUGUUCAAGGAGAACAUGAAAUACUACCGUGAUGUCAAGAUACUCAAGUGGGACUUUCAGAAGGGUGACUUUGUCCUAUUGUGUAACUCAAGGCUGAAGCUCUUUCUGAGCAAAUUGAAAUCCAGACGGUCCGGAUCCUUCGAAGUGGUUAGUCCUUCACCUAAUGGCUCAAUGGAAUUGAAGUUCGGAGAUAGGACCCGAACAUUUAGAGGGAAUGGCCAAAGGGUGAAGCACUACCAUUGUUGCAUUGAUGGAGAUAGGAUCAUUACGGACACGGUGAAGCAUAGCUACACUCCUAACCCGGAGUAA